AUGGUCCACAAUCUCGGUAUAAAUUUACCUGAUAACCAGCUCGCUCGCUUUGCCCUUACGACUAUAUACGGAGUUGGUCCUCACCUUUCGCAUCGACUAUGCACCCGGUUCCAGAUACACGACAAAUGUAGGGUGAAAGAUCUGACACCUCUUCAAACCAAAUCUCUCGCCUCUUUCCUGCAAUCCCCUAAAACUGCUCUUCCUUUACCUCAGUAUCCAUUGGCCCCAGUAAACUUUGUCGCACGGCCUCCAUCUAAAUCUAUACAGGAACUUCAGGCCGAAUUCAAUGCUGCCAGAGCGGCUCAGAAGCAGAAGAGAGAAGAAAAGCUGCUGCAAAUGGGUAAAAAAAAGAAAUCCCGGGAUCCAUUGACGGAAUUAAGGAUAGAGUCAGAGCUGUAG